AUGGAUAUCGUUUUAGGAAUUCGUCUCAAGGACUGCACCUUGAUUGCCACGUCGAAGGCGUUCACCAGAGGUAUUUCUGUGCUCAAGGCUACCGAUGAUAAGACCAUUGACCUAAACACACACAACAUGAUAGCCUUUACCGGGGAAUCAGGAGAUACAACUCAAUUUGCAGAACACAUCAAAGCAAAUGUGCAGCUUUUCGGCCUUCGGGAAGGAUACGACAUGGAAUCCAGCGAGAUUGCAUCGUUUGUGAGACAUGAGUUGGCGACGUCCAUCAGAUCCCGUAAACCUUACCAAGUACAGAUAUUGGUUGCGGGAGUCAAAGACGGUGGCGACGGGUUUUUGAGCAUGAUUGAUUACUUGGGCACGAGAUGUGAUUUGCCUUAUGCAGCUCACGGAUAUGCGGCCUUCUACACCAUGUCCUUAUUGGAUCAUCAUUAUAAAGACGAUAUUGACUUAGACACGGGAUUGAGGUUGUUGAAGCUUUGUGAAGAAGAAUUGAACAAGAGAAUGCCAAUUGACUUCAAAGGGUUGAACGUGAAAAUUGUAGACAAGAAUGGUAUCAGAUUCAUUGAUUUCUAA